AUCGGGUCACACUGUGUGUGUGCGGUGGAGCUGUUUGGGGUGAGGCGAUGCGUUCGAUUAUGCAGAUUUCUGCGUAUUUUGCAGAAUGUUUCCAAUUUUCAUAUUUAUAUGAGACACGUAAGUCACGGGAGCGGAUUGAAUGCGUCAUGAUUCGAUGAACUAAAGUAGGUUGUUGCAUGCAAAAAGAAACUGACACUGUCACUGCGUGCUUCCCUCGCUGAAGGGGGUGAAAGUUGUGUUAGACAUGUUUUCCUGGUAGUGUUUUCUUUUACGGACGUACAGAGUGCAACAUUAUAACUUCAUUGUUGAUCGCGCGAUCGAUCCGUUAUUAUUAUGAAACGCAUUUCGUCAUGAUCUCAACGCAGGGAGAUCCUCCACUCGAGGGAAAGUUCGACUUUUGUUAUGACAUUUGUUGCGCACACUCCCGUCAUGGAGCGGCUGCAUGCUGUCGACUCUGAUCGAAACCAAAGUUGCAGUUCCGUGGAACUCGUGGAAUGCCUAUGUGCAACAUUGAGAAAGAUCCAAGGUCCUCACUCGGAGCAACCUACAGAGAUGGACAGCAAAUCUCAGAUGUGAGUUUGGACGGAGGGGUGUGUGCUCUCCACCCUUGGUCGUUUCCUUUGGGAUUUAUAUUUCCUCCCGAGUACCUCGGUUCACACAAUUAAAUAAAGCCAGACAGAACUCCUUCCCGGGACGUCAGGGGCCUUGCACAGGCCACAACCCCGGAACUGCUCAGACUUUGCUAUUUUCCAAGUGGCAUAACAUCACUAUGAGCCUUCCUGUUCAACAUAAAGUGAGUACUGACAAGAGUGGCCGGCAAAGGGCCGCCGACAUGAAAGAGGUUGUGCAGUCCUCCCAGGAUAACUAUUAUGGGAUUGCUCCCCCUGCUCUGGAGUCAAACCUUAACAAUUCUGGGAGCAGCGCUGGGAUUUACAACCCAGACAAAGGGGCACAAGGCCGCCUCCACUACCAACAGGCCCCCCCAGUAAAGUGGAUUCACCAGGACCCCCUACAGGGCUCAGGCUGGUCUCAGGACGCCCCGGUCCCCACUUGGGGUCCAAACUUUACCACCUACCCAGGUGGAGUGAGGGGCCCGACAGCGUUCCAUAAAGGGGGUCACGAUGUGGGGGGUGUGCAGAUGGGGGCCGUGGAGGCUCAGCCCCCCGGACCUGUGGAGGUUUACAGAGAGGCCCCCCAGGUGUACGCCCAGGCCCAGGCCCAGGCCCAGGCCCAGGUCCAGGUCCAGGCCCAGGUCCAGGCCCAGGUCCAGGCCCAGGUCCAGGUGAGGGGCCUGGAGUGGCAUCCGGCUCAGCUCCAGACCUUUCAACCACAUGGCAAUAAAGGCGUAGACAUCCAGGGUCAGUCCCACACCGCCUCCCACAACAUGCCUGGCUCCGUGCUGCAGCCCUUCCAGCCGACCUUCAGGCCUGCCAAGCAACAGCAGUACCCCCCUGGAUACUACCCGGUAUUCAACAAGGCCAUGCCUGGCCUCGGCUACACUGAGCAACCUAAAAGCCAACACCAUCUCCUCCAGCAACAGAUGCAGCAGCAGCAGCAGCAGCAACAUCAACAAAUGCACCAACAGCAGCAGCAGCAGCAGCAACUUCAUCAUCGCCACGUGCUACAGCAGCAGCAGCAUGUGCAGCAACAUGUGCAACAACAGCACCAAAUGCAGCAGCAGCAGCAGCAGCAUCAAAUACAGCAGCAACACAUGCAGCAGAUGCAGCAGCAGUAUCAACAGCAACAGCGGAGGCAACAGAUCCAACAAAUGCACCAACAGCAGCAGCAGCAGCAGCAGCAGCAGCAGAAACAGCAGCAGCAGCUACAGCCACAACACGUUGCACCGCCAGAGACUUUGCAUUUGCAUGGGCAGCCAAAGCCGACCCAGAACUUCCAGUCCUACCAGUCUCCCGAGCCCAACGCGUCCGUGGCCGGCGCUCAGAAAGAAACCGUCCAGACCGCGGGCGGCGCCAGACAGGAAGCGGAGAUCCAAUCCAGCGGCGACUCCUCGGCCACCGUGGAGUUGUCCCCCGACAAGGUGUUGUACUCCAAGCCCCCGGGCGCGGCGGGAGCGGCGGGCGGCUCCAGUGUCCCGCCCCGCCGCUCCCGCCGCCUCUCCAGGGACGGGCAGUCCCCGGGCGCCUACGAGCCCUGGACCCCUCCGCCGCUCUCCAAGAACGGCCUGCCGGCGGGGGCGGAGGGCCUGGUGACCACCGGGGGGGUGAUCCAGAGCACCCGGCGCAGGAGGAGGGCGUCGAAGGAGAUCAAUCUCGAGACCCUGGCGCAGCAGGCGUCGGAGCGGGAGUCCCUUCCCCCAAGGGGGGGCAAGCUGGGGGAGGACGGCGCCCCCGUGGGCAAGCAGACGGGCGGCAUGGGGCCCCUGGUCAUCCCCGUGUCGGUGCCCGUGUCCGGGGGCCAGGGGACUCUGGGGAGCCCCUGGAGAGGGAGGAUGGACCCGGGAGACCACCACCGGCUCGCCCACAGCGACCACAAGCUGUCCGUCAUCGUGGCCCGCCGACGCUCCCUCAGAGGGUCGCUCUCCGAGAGCUCCGCUCAGGACGACGACGACCACGAGGCCAAGGCCAGGGGCCGGUCGAAGCGGCCGCGGCCGGAGCCACUCUUCAUCCCGCCCCCCAAGCUGUCCACCUACAUCGCGCCCUCCGUCUACUCCAGCAUCACGCCCUACCAGAGCCACCUGCGCUCGCCCGUCCACAGCCUGCCGGACCACCCUCUGGCGCUGCCCCCCUACACCCCGCCCCCCAUCCUGUCUCCGGUGCGCGGCGGCUCGGGCCUCUACUUCUCCACCUUCCUGUCCAACAUCGCCGCGGGCAACCAGGGCGGCCCGCCCCCAACGCUGCCGCCGUCGACGACCCUGCCGCCGCCUACCCUGGCGCCGCCGAGCCUGCCGCCGCCGGCCACGCCCAAGUCUUCGACACGCAGCCUCCUGCGCUCCGUCAGUUCAGACCCCACUCCACCAGUCUUGCCAUUGAUUACCGAUGCAACCGCUGUCAGCUUUGAUCCGCGCAUCAACAUUGGCCAGCAGUACCAGGCAGAGGUCCCGGAGCUACGCCAGGACUCCGCCCUGCCGCCAGACGAGCACCGGGCGGACCUGCUGUGGCUUCCCAAGGCGGAGCCGCUCACCCAACAGGACGAGCCGGACUACCUGGAGGACUUCAUGAACCUGGCCUGUUCCAGCGUGCUCCGCGGCGGGGGAACCAAUCAGGAGCUGGCUCUACACUGUUUGCAUCAAUGUGGAGGGAACGUCCUGGAAACACUGAAACAUUUAAUGCAGGAGCAGCCAGUCUUCCCCAAAGGCCAUCACAUGGCCGACUAUCACUACUCAGGAUCAGAUUGUUGGACUGCAGCAGAGAAGCGCUACUUCAACAAGGGGAUCUCUGCCUACAGGAAGGACUUCUUCAUGGUGCAAAAACUGGUGCAGACGAAGACAGUGUGCCAGUGCGUGGAGUUCUACUACACCUUUAAGAAACAGAUCAAGAUGGGUCGUAACGGGGCCCCUACCUACGGCCCUCCGGACUCACCCGAGAAAAGCGCGGAGGCUGCGCCGGACAUUAAGGUGGAAAGGGACGACCAAAGGGAAAGAGACUCCUGCGAUCAGACCCAAGAUGGCAGCCUGGCACGAGUCACUCAGUCCCUCCAAGCCCAUGAUUAUGCGGGCUCCAUGGUGCUGAUGGAGAAGCUCGAAGGCCUGAAGAAGGCCACUCAACCCCAGGCCCACCCCGUGCCUGCCCCGCGCAAGCCCCGCCCAGAGACGGCCGGCCGGAAGACCCGGGCGCCCUCAAAACCCUCCCAGGACCCCGAGGGGGUCUUCCCCUGCAAGAAGUGCAGCAGGGUUUUCACCAAGGUGAAGAGUCGCAGCGCCCACAUGAAGAGCCACGCCGAGCAGGAGAAGAAGGCGGCCGCCCUGCGGCUCCGGGAGCAGGAGGAGGAGCAGCGGGUCGCCAUCGCCGCCGCCCAGGCCAGGAAGGAGGAGGAGGAGGUGGAGGUGGAGGUCCAGGCGGCGGCCGCCGUGGCGUCAGCCGCAGUGGCGUCAGCCGCCGUGGCGUCGGCAGCCCUAGCGGCGACGAUAGCGGCGCCCGUGGGCGAGGACGGCGUGGAAGGGACCACGGGGGCGGAGCCAGAGGAGCCCAGCAGCAGCAGGGAGGAGUCGUCCGAGCCGGAGGAUGAGAACGAUAAGGAUUGGCAAUGAACACGAUAGAAAAAUAGAAAAUUGAAAUCCACGUUUGCUUGUUGUGUAGAAAAAAAAAAGAAAGGAG